CUUCCAGAUUCAGCCACAAUAUGGCAACUCUUUUUAUAAGGAAAAUGGUGGUUUCUGCUGUGAACCCUCUCCUACAUCUGAGUCGUUACACAAUGACAAAUUACACAACGACACCCCGCGCGCUCUCCACGCUCCUGCUGGGUCCCCUGCGUGUUGCAGGCCCUGCAGGUGCGGAGCCCAGCGCAGCAGUGGCCUCUCCUCUCUCCUGCCAGCCCCUGCCCUUCCUGCAGCCGACUCUGGGAUUCAAGACCAAGGCCGUCCUCAAGAAGCGUUGCCGGGACUGUUACCGGGUGAAGAGGCGUGGGCGAUGGUACAUCUACUGCAAAACGCACCCAAGGCAUAAGCAGAGACAGAUGUAAAAAGAAUAUGCAGGAUUGUGCCAUUUCCUUGGGUGACCUUAUCGAAGAAAAAUAAAAUGUAAACGUUCUGUUUUCUGAGAUGGUU